AUGAUUCAAAUAAAUUGCAUAUUAUUAGGCAAAACGGAUGCUGGUAAAACUACUCUUAUUGAAACGUUGAAAAAUCCAGAAUAUGUGAAUACUCAGUCAACGUUAUAUACUGCAACAAAUAAUGUUGCAUCACAGACAAUUACAGUGGCAUCUGAUAACAAUAAAUUGUACGAAGUAAAGAUUGUCGAUACUCCAGGAUUGAACGACGUUAGAAACGAUAUUUAUAAUCAGUAUAGCAACGAGGAAAAACUUAAAUUAAUUCGAAAUCAUCUAUUUCAAACGGACUACACUUUUAUUGGCUUGGUGUUCGAUAUGAAAAGUAUUAUUCAGGAAGAUUUAGCGUCGUUUCGGAUAUUACGAGAAUAUUUAGGUGAAACAUUAACAUGGAAAACAUUGCUUAUUAUAACACAUUGUGAGAACAAACGUGCAGAAGAUUUGAGACAAUUCGAUUUACAAUUACAAGGGGAAAAUCUUGGUGAAUUGGUUUCCUUUUGUAAACUUGGUCAUGUAUAUACAGGUGCAUUAAACUCGGAAGUUUUACGAUAUUCGGGUGUUCGAGAGCCGAUGCUUGAAAACGUUAUGAAACUACGCAAAGAUCUUUUGGCAAAAGUUAUUAGUUUUGAUAAAUCGCCGCCGAUGAUGAGCAACCGAAAUCGUUCUGAUGAGAGAGAGCCGCUGAUACUACAGAGAAGAAGGGCGAAAAGUCAUUAUUGUGAUUGUUGCUGCGAAUGCUGUCGGGAUUGUUGUAAUUACAUUUGUGAUUAUUGCACGAUUCUUUAA